UUUAUUCUUGGAUAUAUCAGUGUUACUCCGCUGGGCCGUCGCAUUGGGAUUAGUAUGCUCUCAGGACAUGGGCGAGAAGCUAGAACUCAAGCUUAAAUCGCCGGUGGGAGCCGAGCCUGCCAUCUAUCCUUGGCCGCUGCCUAUCUACGAUAAGCACCAUGAUGCUGCACAUGAAAUUAUUGAAACAAUUAGAUGGGUCUGUGAGGAGAUCCCAGACCUUAAAUUGGCCAUGGAAAAUUAUGUACUCAUUGAUUAUGACACCAAAAGGUACCCAACGGUGAAGGUCACGCGAUCGUCAUUGGAACGUCGCCUGAACAGUCAUGCUAUCGCGGCCGCGCGGAAAUCCGCCCAGGGACUGCAGUUCCUGUUCUGCCUCGCGUUUUCUCCUUGCUCCCAACUCGAUCAGCCGUCCAUGGAUUACCGCCUUGUGUGCCUCCCAGAGCACUGCUGGAGAGGCACCCGGGGUGGCAUUAACCUGAAAAUAAUUCUGAGCUCCCCGGAACAACAAUGCUGGUAUAUAUACAUUGGUGACCUUACAAAGGAGAGUAUAAAAGGGGAGGGAGGUGAGGUAAAGAGGGGGAAGACAGUCAAGAACAGAAAAAACAUGGAGAAGUCUCCAACACAGCGCAACUUUGAAGGCCUUCCCGAGCGGCGUUUCUUUGUGGAGGAGCGCCAUUCGUGGCUUGCAUCUGAGCAGGAGUCCGGUAUCGUGCCAGUCCAACCAGGUAGAUCCGGUACCGAAAUCCCCAAGUCGGUGCAGAAGGCCUCCAGCUCUUCAGGGAAGCGUAGGAUCACUGAGCGGCCUCCCUUUUCUAGCGAUCAGGAAAGAGGGGAAUCCCCAUCGUGGAAAGGCACCACUCAUCCAAUGAAAUUAAACACCCGCCCGUCCACAGGUCUCCUCCGCCAUAUUUUGCAGCAGGUCUACAACCACUCUGUUACUGACCCAGAGAAGCUUAAUAAUUAUGAGCCAUUUUCUCCUGAAGUGUAUGGCGAGACUUCUUUCGAUUUGGUAGCUCAGAUGAUUGAUGAAAUAAAGAUGACAGAGGACGAUCUCUUUGUUGACUUGGGUAGUGGCGUUGGGCAGGUUGUCCUGCAGGUUGCUGCAGCCACUGGAGGAAAACAUCACUAUGGAAUAGAAAAAGCUGACAUCCCAGCCAAAUAUGCAGAAACAAUGGAUAAAGAGUUUAGAAAGUGGAUGAAAUGGUAUGGAAAGAAGCAUUCAGAAUAUACACUGGAACGUGGAGACUUCCUAUCAGAGGAAUGGAGGGAAAGGAUAGCCAACACAAGUGUUAUUUUUGUGAAUAAUUUUGCCUUUGGUCCUGAGGUCGACCACCAGCUAAAGGAGAGAUUUGCCAACAUGAAGGAAGGUGGAAGAAUUGUUUCCUCCAAACCCUUUGCACCUCUUAACUUUCGAAUUAACAGUAGAAACCUCAGUGAUAUUGGCACUAUAAUGAGAGUAGUUGAACUGUCACCGUUGAAAGGUUCUGUCUCUUGGACCGGCAAGCCAGUUUCCUAUUACCUGCACACCAUAGACCGGACUUUACUUGAAAACUACUUUUCCAGUCUGAAAAAUCCAAAACUCAGGGAGGAACAGGAAGCAGCUCGAAGAAGGCAGCAACGUGAAGGAAAGAGCAAUACCACCACCCCUACAAAAAUUCAGGAGAUUAAGGAUUCUGCUACGGAGGAGGAGAAACCGGCUCCUGUGAAAAAGACUUCACCUGCCAAAGCUCGUAGGAGACUGACCAAGAAGGGCAAAAAAAUGGCAGGUCGGAAAAGAGGACGUCCCAAGAAACUGCUUCAGGCAAAUGGUGAACGCAAAUCUUCCAAAUCGCCAACUGUACUGGAAGUCCAAAAUCUACAAAAUAAUCCUCCGCCUCAGUCGCCAACACAGCCAAGCCCUCAGGAUGCCUGCAAGUCACCUCAAAGUCCCCAUUAUCAGCUACCUCUAAAAGCACAGCGUCAACCUUCCAACCAGCUGAUGUCUUCUCCUACACCCCCAGCACUGCAGAAGCUGCUUGACUCAUUUAGGGUACAGUACCUGCAACUUAUGUCUUACAUGAAGACUCCCCAGUACAAAGCUGGACUGCAGCAGCUGUUACAGAAAGAAAAGGUGAAAAACUCCCAGCUGCUUGGUGCUGCCCAACAACUUCUUACACAUUGCCAUGCUCAAAAGGAAGAGAUCAAAAAACUGUUUCAGCAGAAGCUGGAUGAGCUGGGAGUCAAGGCCCUUACUUAUAGUGAUCUUAUUCAAGCCCAGAAGGAGAUCUCCUCUCACAAUCUGCAAUUGAAGGAACAGAGCCGACAGUUGGAGCAGGAAAAUGGUGAAUUGAGAAACCACAGUUUGCAGCUGCUGAAGGCACGUUGUGAAGAAUUAAAGCUGGACUGGAAUACACUGUCCCUGGAAAAUCUGAUGAAGGAAAAAUUGGCACUGAAAAACCAGAUUUCAGAGAAGCAGAAGCAUUGCUUGGAGUUACAGAUUAGUAUUGUUGAGCUGGAGAAAUUACAAAGACAGCACGAGCUGAUUCAGCUGAAGUCUUCCACUUUGCCAGAUGAUCCUCCGCCAAGCAACAAUCGCCCUAAGGGCAGUUUAGGUGCUCGCUACUCCACUGAUGCAUCACAUGCACGUGUGCAUCCCCCUCAGCCCUCCAUUCCCAAUGGCUUAAGCCCAGAUCUCUCCACAAAUGGUCAUGCAUUGCAUGAGCUUUACCAUUCAGGCCGCAGUGGGGGAAGUAGGCCUUGCUCAAAAGAGAGCACUCCUUCCCAUAUGGAUCUUUCUGACAUUGUUUCAAAUACACAAAUACAUUCAUCACGACACAAGGGAGAGAGGACUGCUGGACAAUCUCAACCUGACUAUACCCGAUACUCACCUGCUAAAAUAGCCAUGAGGCGUCAUCUGAAUCAAGAGCCAGCACCUAACUGCAGAAACGUUGACUUCAGUCACAGGAAUGAGUUGGUUAAGGAGAACGGCUUUAUGUCAUCAAGUCCUGGUAGUUUGAAUGGCAUCCAGCUAAGUCCUCGGGAAUCGCAUCCUUCUCCUGAUGUAGGCCAAGCAGCUGCCGAGAGGGGAGGUGACAAGCUGUCAAGAGACCGUAGCCCUUUGAUUCCUGAAACAAUCACCAGUUUGCCUAUAAGUAUCCCACUGAGCACAGUCCAACCCAACAAAUUGCCAGUCAGCAUCCCUCUGGCUAGUGUUGUCCUGCCAAGCCGUGUGGAAAAGAGAAACAGUCCCAGUCCAGGUUGUAAUAGCAGAGAUAGCUGCAGCAUGGAUAAUCAAUAUGGUGCUGCUAACAGCUUCAAUUAUGCUGCUGUCUCAAGGCCACUGGCUACCUCAGGUUUCUUUUACCCAACCUGGCCGAGCUCGCUGAAUGGACCAGUUUUGAAUAGCCAUGGAUCAGAGACUGAUUGCAUGGAUGAUUCCUCUAAUUCAGGCACCCUUUCAAACUCUGGGGGAUCUAGAAGCUCCACCCCACAUCACCAGCAGUCCUCUCAGCGCUCACCUGCUCACUACCCAAUGUCUGAUAGUCCCCAUGGGUUUCUAGAUCCAAGUAAGACCUCUGGUGAUGGAGACUUUUAUGCCAGCGAUGCAGAAGUAGAGGCCAAGAGGCGAAUCAUUUUUACUAUAACUAGUGGUGGAAGCUCCUCAGGGAGGUCACCAUCAAAUAAACAUAGUCCAUUAACAGCAACUAUUCGCAUGGAGAGUGGCCCGGGACAGGAUGGCAGAAGGAAAGGUAGCCGACGCAAGAGGCCCUAUGCUGGAAACUACAGCCUGGUAGUGUCUCCUAAGCGUAGAUCACUUCCAUCAUCUUUUGGACUGAACGGCUAUACUUCAGGAUCUCCAAUGAGUAUCAACUCAAUGGUAAAUAACAUUAAUCAGCCUUUGGAAAUCACUGCUAUUUCAUCUCCCGAAAACUCACUGAAAAGUUCCCCAGCACCAUACCAGGAUCAUGAAUUACCCCCAGUCUUAAAAAAGGAGAAACCUUUACCCUCAACUAAUGGGGUUCAUUACUCGCCUCUCACAACAGAGGAUGAGAUGGAAUCUGAUGAGGAGUUCCCCAAUGCAAG